AUGAAAUUCUCAUCCACAGCAGCUUUUGUAACUCUCGCCUCUUUGGCCUCCCAAGUCUUCGCUAAAGAAGCUACUCGAUCAGUCGGCUUCACUCCCAACAAUGGUCUUUACCGACUCGAAGCUCGACAAGAUGUCGGCAUCUCUAUCUGUCAAACUAUCCCUAUCAGUGUACCUCUCGAUGUCGUCCUUUGUACCGACCCUGAUGGAAACAACGUAGACGUCGUCCCUGGACUCGACUUGACUGAUCUCACUUGUGCCGUUACCGGUGGCACUAUCGACGUCGACCUCUCCGAUGGAUUAUGUCUUUGUCUCGUUGGUGGUGUUCUCACUGAUGAUUCCCUUGUCCAACUUCAAGCUCUUAUUGGCACUGGUGGUUCCAACAUCGAAUUAUUGCUCGAUACCGUUGGCGGUCUUACCGGAUUCACCGUUGACAGUCUUUUGGACUUCCUCGUUGGCGAUGCCACAGGUCUCUUGCAAGUUAGUAACACCGAUUGUGUCUAUCCCGAAGGUGCCGUCCCCAACUCAUGUGACGCUUGUACCUUUGAUUGUCCCGAGGGUGAACAAGUCUGCGGUAACACCUGUAUCGCUGAAGGAGACGCUUGUCAAUCCAACGCGCCUGUCGCCAAGAGAAAUCUUCUCAACGAGAAAACAUCUAAAUUCCUUUGUGCCCAAGGUCAAACCGCAUGUGCUCUUCCUUCAUCUCGAUUCUUCAAAUACGGUGGAUACGAAUGUACCGACACCCUCAAUGACGUUGAAUCAUGUGGUGGAUGUACAUUCGCUUUCCCAGGUCAAGCUCAAGGACAAGAUUGUACCGCUCUUCCUUACGCCAUUGAUGUCGCUUGUAACUCUGGUGCUUGCGCCGUCCAAGCUUGUCAAGAAGGUUACGAACCCAACUUUGAUGAAACUUCUUGUGUCGCCCUUGGUUCCAGCUUGGGAUUCAACGUAGAAGGACGAUCUCUGGUCGACCUCGAUCUCGAACCCGUCACCGAACUCGUCGGUCUUGACAUCAAUGACAUCGACGUCAAGCUCGCUGGUGAAGACCUCGUCACCGUUGAGUAA